GAAGGGGCCAAAGGGUGGGAAGGAGGGAGAAGAGUGGGAUGAGGAGAAGGAUGUCGUUGAGGAGAUGGGGAAGAAUGGGGGUGAUGAGGAGGUGAUUGAGGAGAAUGGGAACGAAAGAAAGGACAAGAAAGACCAGGAGAAGGGCUUGGUUGGUUACUCGGUCCGUUUCGAUCAUCGGGUGCCGCCGGGGACGAAGAUCAAGUACGUUACGGAGGGUAUGUUGCUGCAGGAAUUGCUGAGGGACCCGCAUCUACGACAAUAUUCCGCCAUCAUCGUGGACGAAAUCCACGAGCGCAGUGUGGAUGUCGAUUUGCUUUCGGGCUUCCUCAAGCAGAUUGUUACGGGCGACAAGGCCGGCCGUGGAGGAAUCCCGCUCAAGGUGGUGGUCAUGAGUGCUACAGCACAGGUGGAGAGGAUCAAGAAGUUCUUUUCUAGUGACGACAGUCUUAAGAAGGGGACAUCAGGGGAGGAGGUGGAAUACCUUCAGAUCGAGGGUAGACAGUUUCCUGUCGAAGUCGUUCACGAACCGAAGCCCGUGCCCGACAUCCAAGAAGCACUCGUCAAAACCGUCUUCAAGAUUCACACACAGGAACCGCUUUCCGACAAACACGGCAAAAAGGACAUCUUGUGCUUUUUGACAGGCCAGGAGGAAAUCGAGGCUGCCCAGAGACUCAUCGAAGAAUUCGCCGAAACCCUCGACCCCAAGGUACCCAAAGUUAAAGUCUUCCCCCUUUUCGGCCAGCUCUCCAUGGAAGCCCAACACGAAGCCUUCCAGCCCAUAAAGCACCCCUUCACGCGCAAAAUCGUGCUCGCCACCAACAUCGCCGAAACCUCCGUCACCGUCCCCGGAGUGCGCUACGUCGUCGACUGCGGCAAAGCCAAAGUCAAACAAUACCGUCCCCGCCUCGGCAUGGAAUCCCUCCUAGCCAAACCCAUCUCCAAAUCCUCCGCCAUCCAGCGAACCGGUCGUGCCGGCCGUGAAGGGCCUGGUAAAUGCUUCCGCCUCUACACAGCCGAGACGUUCAACACCCUGCAGAAGACGGACCUCCCCGAGAUUUUGCGGACGGACGUCCUAGGCGCAGUCCUGACGAUGAAAGCCCGCGGCAUUGACGACGUCCUCUCCUUCCCUUUGAUGGACCGUCCCGAAAUCGAAGCAGUCGAGAACGCCCUCGUGCACUUGCACGUCCUAGGCGCGCUAGGUGACGACGGACGCAUCACAGAAAUGGGCCGCAAGAUGGUUCUUUUCCCCGUCACCGCGCCCUACGCUCGCGUGCUUUUGGCGGCUGCCGACCCCCGCUAUGACUGCCUGCUCGAAGCGAUCGACAUCAUCUCAUGCAUCACCGCAGGCGACGACAUCUUCAUGCAAGUCCGCUCAGAAGAAGACAAAGAAUCCGUCGACGUCUACCGCAAGGAACUCCAGCGUCGCGAGGGAGAUCUAAUCACCUACCUCAACACCAUGCAACGCUUCGUCUCCACGCCCUCCUCCGACCGCGCAACAUUCUGCAAGCAGAGGCGCAUCAACGUGCGGAAUAUGCGGCAGGCACUGAAUAUCCGGAAACAACUCCGUUCUUUGAGCGUCAAGACCAAGAUGCUUGAGGAACCUCCGGCGCCAGAUUCGGAGGUUACUUACCAACCUGUCUCCCCCGAGACAGCAGAGAGGAUAUUGAAGGCCUUUCUAAAGGGGUUUGCGAUGAAGACGGCUGUCUUGGCGCCCGAUUCGAGUUAUGUCACGGCCCAUGGGAAACAUGUGGUGGCUAUUCAUCCGAGUAGUAGUCUGCAUGGCGUCAAGAGGGAGGCGAUCAUGUUUUUGGAGCAUGUGUAUACGCAGAAGAAUUAUGCGAAGAAGGUGUCGGCGAUUCAGGCGGGGUGGAUUGCUGAGGCUUUGGCUGCUUGAGUUGGGUCCAGGGGAGGGAAACGAAGGGUGAUGGUUGUGCAUUGGUAGAGAAGAGAAAGGUGUAGGGAGAUAUAGAAUACGGAUACCCUAGACUAGGUGUUUAAUGAGUGGCUUCAAGUUUCAACAAUCUGCCCGGCUCUGUUGUCGGUUUUCUGAACGUGAGGUUUG